AUGAGAGAACGUUCGUCCUGGCGAGACUGGAACCCGUUGCGACGCUUCCAGCACGGCAGAUACUCCUACCAACAGAUACCUUCGCUUUCGGUUGAGAGUCUCAAUGGCGCGUUCCAGCUCGCUUCGCAGCAGUGGCCGCAGAACACCGUGUCAUGGCGGGAAAGGAGACGGAAAUGUGGCAUUGCCAAGCUGUCGUGGUCAAAACCGAUUGUCUUGGCUGUCGCGAGUAUCCUUAUCCUCACACUGCUGGGUGGUGGAGGAUACCAUCAUCACCAAAGGAAGAUGAGGGAGAAGAACAAUCCCAAGGAUGUGCCCUACUACUGGAUGCACUACCUUCGCCUGAAUGGGUUCUACAACGGCAUUCGAACGCUUGUUCCCUACUCGCAGUACGCAGCAGAGAAUGGAUACAACAAGACCGAGCCAUUGAGCAUGCAGACUUCGCCUGAACAAUUGAAGCUGUCUAAAGGCCAACCUCCCCUCGAGCCUCAAGUCUACAGCCCGUACCCCGAGUACUCGUCACAACAAUAUUUGGCAGACCACCAUACAGUACAUACCUGUUAUCUGGAUGAGGCAGAGACCAUCCCUGUACCUGAUAUUUACGCUUACCCCGGUGUUCCACAGCAUAUGGCGGAACCAUUCUACGGGUCGUACGAUACGCUUGGCCUGGAGGACAAGAUGUGCUUCGAGCGCUAUGGACGAUACGGCCCAUACGGCUUCGGUUACAACGCGACUUCUAACGGAACGAGCCCGGGAAUGAACGCCGAGAGUGAAGGGAGCGACAAGAUAUUUGAAAAGAUCAGGCAUAUCAACUAUGACCACGUCGAUUGGGGCUCUGCGCAAAGGAGGUGUCAUGAGAGGAACAAGGCGAGAUUCGAGGAUGGCAACGGCAAGAAAAGAGUCGGACGACAAGCAUAUGUUCUGCGUACAUGGACUGGUUAUGAGUACACGCCAAACCAGGUCAUCGCGCUGCGUGCCAUGGUAAACGAGCUGAGCUUGAAGUCUGGAGGUGAAUACGACGUCCAUUUUCUGGUCCACGUGAAGAACGAUAGCAUCCCCAUCUGGGCUGACAGGGGUGUCUACCAGCAGACUUUGGAGGAGAAUGUGCCUCGCGAGUUCUGGGGAAUCAGCACGCUCUGGUCUGAAGCCCAGAUGGAGAUGUACUAUCCUCACCCAUUCCCUGGUAACUUCGCCAAUAUGGCGGGCAGCAAGGUCCAUAGUGUUUACCGGAGUGCGCAUUUCCCACUACAGUGGUUCGCUCAGCAACAUCCCGAGUACGACCAUUUCUGGAAUUGGGAGAUGGACAUCAGAUAUUCGGGCCAUUACUAUGAAUUCAACAACAGGAUCGCGGAGUGGGCCAGGCAACAGCCACGAAAGGGCAUGUGGGAGCGAGCUCGACGAUUCUACAUUCCCAAGUACCACGGCAGCUGGCAGAACUUUACCAAUUUCGUGGAGCAGGAGACCGCGGAUGUUGAUGUUGGGAAGAACGAUCAAGUCAAGAGUGGACCAGUGCCAAUCUGGGGACCAAUCAAGGACUUUCCCAACAUUGGAAUGAUGGAAUCGCCUGAGGGUACAAGCCCGCCAACGACUUACGAGCAGGACAACUACGAAUGGGGUGUUGGUGAGGAUGCUGAUCUGAUGGUGUUCAACCCAAUCUUCGACCCGGCGACCACAAACUGGGUAUUCAGCUGGGACAUCUCAGGCUACGGCGACCAUACGCUUCCACCUCCACCACGCCGGGUAGCCAUCAUCACAGUCGCCCGACUUUCGAAGCGACUGCUGGACACGAUGCACAAAGAAACCUGGCACAUGCGACAUACCAUGUUCCCCGAGAUGUGGCCUCCCAGUGUCGCCAUGCACCACGGCCUGAAAGCCGUCUACGUGCCCCAUCCCGUGUAUUUCGACCGCGACUGGGACGUCGGAUAUAUGAACGGGGUGUUCAACUACCCCCACGAAAUCUGGGAGUCUCCCUUUGGCUGGGGAGAACACAACAUGCUGGGCAGCAGCUUCUACUACAACAGCGGCUUUAGCGGAGCGCUCUGGCGGAGAUGGCUCGGGCAGUGGGAGAACGGCGAGGGCGGUCGAGCGGCCGAGGAGGCAGGGACGGGUCGGAUGUGCUUGAGAGGGACGCUGCAUCAUCCCAUCAAGCACGAGAGGGGCCCUGAAGCGUGA